AUUGAAAAAGAAUGGACUCAAUUUUUAUUUGUUACAUUAAUUCUACUAAAUUGAAAAUGUUAUUAAUGUCCCUUAAUUAAAUAUAUAGAAAUAUCUUAUAAAGGUUAUUGAAUAUUAAAUUUGCCAUGUGGUGUUAUUUUCCAAACGUAUUAGUAAAUUUCCUGAGAUUUUCUCAUUUGUAACAUAGAAAUACCUAUGUGACUUUAUCUUUAAUAAUAUGUAUCUUUAGCAUUUACCUGAGUAAUAACUAGUUACAAAUGUAAUGCAUUUAUCAUGUAAAGAUUUUAUAUUUUAUAUGUUAUAUAAAAAUUGCUGUGUUCAUUAAUUUGAUAUAAGUCUCAUGUUGAAAAUUGCAAUUUAUGAAAUAACAAAUGAUUUGUGAACGUUUAUAUAUUUAAACUUUUAAUCCAAUAAUUAUUGUUAGAAAAAAAUUAUUGUAAAUAUGUCAUACAUACAAAUACGACGUUGUUAUGUGCCAGAAUUACAAUAUAAUAGUUUGAAGGUAAUAUCCGCUUGGUAUUUAUGAUUCGGCGUAUGUCCCACUGUAAAUUAUAAAUGCGUAAUAUUUCUUAAAAAAUUGCUGACAAAAAUUUUCUGUAACGCAUGUUCUCGUAUAAGCUAUUUCGAUGAUGAUGUAAAAUCUGUUUAAAAAUAAGGAUAUGUAUUACUCCCGGUUUGAAGAUGUGGCCGCAGGAAGGAUCCAAGGUUUUUACUCUUUAAUCUGUUUGUACACAAUUUUAUUGUAAGUACGACAGAAUAAAGUUGUACAUUGUUGAACAAAAUCAGUAUUUGUAGAAACAUUCUUGAUCAUUAUAGUCUUUAUAUUAUUAAAAAACGAUAUUUCUUUGAGUACAUAAUGUGUUUUCUCCUAAUCGAACAAGUCGAUUUCUUGAAGUAUGUAGCUGCGAGUUUAUUUCCUGGAGAAAACAAUAAGCAAUUAGCACGAAGAUCGUUAAAAGCUCAUAGUGAAUCGUCUAUAUGGUGUGCGUGUAAAAUGUAAGCAGUCAAACCGAGAGUGACGUGGAAGAAGAACUUAAAUGAGAAACUUUUAUCUCUUCCACAUUUUUCUCUCUUCUCUUAAAUCGACAUUUUUUAAAUAAGCAUAACUUAAAAACGAAUAUUUUUGAAUAUUAGUAUCAUUCAUAUGGUGAUAAAAUUUGGUGAAAAAUUUUGUCUUUGCAAUAACAGAUGCAGAAAGUAGAAGUAAUGAUUAGUAUUUUUUAUUGCAUGUUAAUUAUUAAUGUAUUAAUAUUAUAAUUUACAAUUACUUAUUACACACAGAUGCUCGCGCGCGGGUGUAACAUUACUCUAUUUUACAGAUUUUUAAAUAAUUUUUUGUUCAAGUAAAGACAUAUCGUCUUUACGAUUAUUUAGAUAAAACAUGCUAAUUUUAAAUGAGAAACUUCUAUUUCUUUCACGUCUUUUAUACUUAAUUUUUUACAUAUUUAAAUUUUUAUAAGAGAAGUUGAUUAUCUAAUUUUCAAUGCAAAUUCGAAUUGCUUGUAUUUCGAGUUAUUUCAAUUUCAAAAUAUUUUGAUUUCCCGCGCAUCUCAGCCGCCAUGGCAGUUUCCGCGAAGCGUCGGUUCGAAACACGUAAGGCAAAAUCGCUCCGCGAUGUAUCGUGAAUUUUUUCGUUACGAGUACACGGUGAACGCGGAUUUGUGUCGGGAGUGUCGAUUAAAGCAACAAGCGAUUGUCAGAAUACAUAUAGUUACGAAGAUUUUCGUAAUUACUGCCGUUUCGUGACGCUGCUUCAUGGCUCUUCGAAAUGUGGUUAUGGUCUCAGUGAGUACAAAUUUCGAUGACAUAGGUACGCGAAAAUGACCUUUAUGUUUUUUUUUAAAGAAUUGCUCUUACUUUUUAUUAGACGUAGCAUGUUCAUAGAAGCCAGAUCAUCAUAAUUGCGAGUGCCUACACUGCCUACUGCACCUAAUGUAAAAUUCGCCGCUGAGCACGGUAUUUCACAUCAAUACGAUAUACAACAAUACGAAUUGUCGAAUGAACGAGACAAUUUUUCAAGUGAACUCCAUGCGACCGUAACCGUUUCCGCAUUAGUAGUGUACAGCGGUAAAAAGAUAAAGCUGUAAGCGUAUAUUUAGCUAGUGCACAACAACCGGUGAGUGAAAUCCAUUUAUUUAUAUUUUAUUACGCAAUCAAUUGUUCUUAUCAUUAUUAAUGUCCGAAAUCUUAUGAUGUAUCAAUUACAACAAUAAUUAUAACAAUUUUGCGCUUCUAAUCGACAGAAUAAAAAUUAACGAAUGUUCUCAUUUAGUAAUAUAGUACCACAAUAUUAUGAGCCGGAUAAAAUUUUAAUGAUUAUUAUACUAUAUUUACACAUAGUCAGGAGUAAAUUUUAAAACUUGUUGCAUGACCAUUUAAUUUAGGUGCACGUUUGCUGCAUUCGGUGGAAAAUUCGCUAUUCGAGGUAGAGCGUCAAAAAUACCUCGACGAAAUACCUGCGUAUACACAAAUACCAUAUAGACCAAUAAUAAUCAAUUGGCGGAUGAAUGAAUGAACGAACGAUCGAUUAUAAGAACGGGCAAAUGAAUGGACAGGCUUGUCCUUGACAGCCGAGUAUCUGUAACCUGGCACUCUCGAAACAGUCGCCAAGCCGUUUGCUUACGCUUCGGCUUCGCCGACCCUGUAAACACUCUUCCCUCCCUUUAUGUACCGCAGGCCUCCGCUCUACGUGUAUAAUAUAUUCUCUUUCAAUUUUGUUUCAUUAUUUAGAAUACGUCGGAAGUCCAAAACCCUAUAAAGGGUUGGAAUAAGAUCAAGACUUCCGAGUUGUUUCAACGCACAAUGGGCAAUAUACCUUUAAGAUUUUUUAAUAACAUAUACAGUGUAAUAUAUUUUAAUAUCCUCAAACCGUAAUAAUAAUUUUUUUUGUCAUAGAAAGACAUAUUUUGUACAAAAUACUAUUUGGAUUUUAGGUUUCGAGUUGUCCGUGCUUCAAAAUUUGUCGUGUCCCAACAGGAAACAUUCGGGCACGAAUAGCGCGACGAUUGACUGACGGGCUGAUCGAACCGAUCACAGCCGAUCGAAGAUCAUUCCCUCAUGAGAAGCGCGAUGGAGCGUUCUAAUAGGAGCGCAGUGAAAAAUUGCAUUCCCGCGCGUAUAAAUUCCAACGGGUCACAAACGGGUAUAAUGUGUACAGCAGAGAAACACACGAAAGCCCGGCCUCGGCGCGUCUGGAAAAGUAGAAGGGGUAAGGAGGUGGUCACUAGCCGGCCCCCUGUCCCCCCCUCGCACUGAUAAGGAAAACGCCGCGGGUAGAUGGGCAUAGAACUCGCGCGCGAUAAUAACCACCGUGCCGCGCCGCGUAGCGAUUUUACUACUCCCAUACUUUUCCCUGGCAUGAUUCGCGCUGCUCCUACCACCGCGGCACUCCGCGACACAAGGCACCGACUCUCCCCCUCUUUAGCUGCCACUCCGCUCGCGAUCACAGCUCGAAUUGGUCGUUCUCUCUCUUUUUUUCUGCCCCUCUCUCUCUCUUUAUCUAUCUCUCUUUCUCUCUCUCUCCCCGUUCUAUUUUACUCUAUUACUUCUUUUUCUUCUCUCUUUCUCUCUCUCUCUCUGUUUCUCUCUUGCAACUCGUUCCCGUCCUACUCUUCGACCUAUUCACUCCCCCUCUUCGUCUUUCCUGGUCUGCGCGCUCGUUCUCGCGGUAUCUUCGUCUCGCCUUCGUUUACUCGGGUAACUCGCUAGCAAACUCGCAUCGCCUCGGCCAUCCGCGGAGGCCAGCCGCAAUUGCUCGCUCAUUUUCCGUCUCCCUCGUUCGCUCUCCUUUCUCUUUUCCCUUUUUGUUUUGUAGCUCCGUCUUUUCCAGCUCCGUUCCUCUACCUCUCGCACCGUCUCUCUUCCUCCUCUUGCUCCGUUUGCUCUAUGUACAUAAUAUACACGAGCCUCGCUCCCGUUCAUAGAGCAGUGGCGCGAGUUCUCGUACAGCCAGCAAAAGUCCGGAUCUUGAUUUUCGUCUGGUCGCCGCCGAUCGCGGUGCACGCACAGCAUCCUCUAAUCGCUCUUCCCCGAUUCUUCCCGCGUGCGCGGAAAUCGAAAGGAACGGCACGUGAUCCUUCGUGAGGUGAGAAUGUCGUAGCCGCGGUCAUCAUCAACCCUCGCCGAGUAAAAAAAAAAAACGGUGCCCAGGUCUCUCUCUUACAGUGCGAAUUCCAGAUCGCAAGGCAGCUGUCAAAGCGAGAAGCGAGAGAUCGACCGAGCGAACGGACGUACGGAGGGAUUAGCACCAAGUUUUGAUCGUCGGGAGGACGACGGACGAGCGGUCGCGAGAUGAAGAGGAGGAGCGACGACGACGGCGGCAAACCCGUGGCCAAGUAUCGGCAUCGAGAGUACGUCUUGAUCGGCUAUGUCGGGGCCACGGAACCAGCGUCGCAGUCCACGAGGGAAGCGAUCAUCAAGGAGGAGGAGGAGGAGGAGGGCAAAUCAGUGGUAGCGACGACGAUAAAGAGUGAGGACGUCAUCGGACACGAAGUCGGCCAGCAGCAGGAGCAGCAGCAGCAGCAGCAACGGCAGCAACGGCAGCAGCAACAGCUGGCGUUUGUGGCGACCGGGGAAGCUGGAGAGGAGGACGGUGGUGUGGGCGUGCUGGAGGCGGGCCAGCCGGAAAUGGAAAAUGGCGCUAUGGUCGAGCCAACCGAAGCAGUCGCUAUUGCGGUCGCCGCCGUCGCCGCUGCCUCCGAUGCCUCCGAUCAUGCCAACGAGGAUCCCAAUACCACUUAUACCCUUCAUGAGCUCGACUACCAUCCCACACAUAUGAUCCAAGAGAGCUUCGGGGGCGGCGAUAUGAGGGAGGAGCAGCAGCAACAGGUUUCGGAGCCCCACCAACAGGAGCAUGAUGCGCACCACCACCACCACCGUCAACAGCAGCAGCAGCCGCCGGCGCAACACCAUCACCAGCAGGCACAGCAGUAUAUUCAGCUCGGAGCAAGAGAGGUCCCGGUUCCCGAGGGAGGGGGUAACCGGCACCCGAUGGAGGCCUCCAUCACACCGGAGGGACUUCGAACGGGCAGUCACAUGCCUCACUCCACGAUGCAUCGUUACGGUACCGAGACGCUCUCACCACCUACGGCGGGUCACCAUCAACAACCACCGCAUCCUCAUCAUCAUCACCAUCAUCAUCACCACUUACAUUCGCAUACCCAUCUACCGUCCGCUCACCGUCAACUGGAUGAUCCGCAGCAGCACCAUCAAGAACCCGACGAAAUGGAUCGAGGGGUGAGCAGCAUUACCGCGGCUAUGAGAGGUGCGCGGGGUGAUUACUUAGGUGUGCUCUUCCCGAAUCUCACCUCGUCGAACAACGCGUCCAGCAAUGGGGACAGCAAUCAUCAGCAUCACACGUCGCACCAUUUGGAGGACGUAUUGUCCGAGGAGUCUUACCUGCAACAUCAGAUUCGCGCCGGCGAGGCUGCCCCGGCUGGCGGCGGUUCCCCAUCGGUGAGGACCGUCGGCGGUUCUCCGACUUCGAGCCAGAACAGUCCGCACGACGAUCACGGUCUCUCGUCGCCGCAUCGCCAGGCCCAGGAACCCACCGGUUACAGUCCCACCGAUCAGGGCAGGUUGCAGUCUUUCACACAUCUUACGGCUAUGCAGCCACCGCCGUCGGUGCAGGCCAAUCACGGAUUGCAGGAGGCCGAUCGCGUGUCCGAUCAGCUGUACAUCGACUCGAUCUACAACGCGCAUCACGCCGCCGGUACUCCCCAUCAUCAUCAGGAUCAACACGAUCAAGGCCCCUCCGCGCCGCACUCACCCAGCGGCUCACUUUCCAGUUCGUCGUUGUAUCGGCCGAUGAAUACCGUAAGCACGAUGGGUACGGUGGCUGGAACCGGGGGAACCUAUACCUUGCCUUACAUAACGAGCAGCCCUACGGAGCUGGCGUCGUCGCCUCAACUUUGGAACGCUCAAGUGACAGGUUUGACCGGACUAACCAUUCCUGAGGAUUAUGGUAACAAAUCUUCGGAUACGGUUUCCCAUCAAUCUCUACCGGCCUUUUCGCAACCUUUUGGCGCUCGGUCGAGCUUUCGCGGUUACAGCCCGCCGUACUCAUCCUCCCAGCAAAACACCACCGGCACCGUCGCCGUCUCCGCCGUGGAAGCCGCUUCCUGGACAUACGCCUCGCCUACGACCAACGCGUUAACGACACAAUACGGCACACCGUCGAGACGGCAGACCGUUAACCCGGCGUCAGCACAGACGCAAAUCAGCGCCGCGGCAAGUUUAACCGCAAUGCACAACAUCGACGCGGAGUACUUUACCGAGGGCCGCGAGUGCGUGAACUGCGGCGCGAUUUCCACACCCUUAUGGCGUAGAGAUGGUACCGGGCAUUACCUCUGCAACGCAUGCGGUCUCUACCAUAAGAUGAACGGAAUGAAUCGUCCAUUAGUUAAACAGCCACGUCGCCUGUCUGCCACGAGACGCAUGGGUCUCGCUUGUAGCAACUGUGAGACCACGAUGACGUCCCUGUGGCGUCGCAACACGCACGGCGAACCGGUGUGCAAUGCCUGCGGUCUUUAUUACAAGCUGCACGGCGUCAACAGGCCGUCGACCAUGAAAAAAGACAGCAUUCAAACGCGCAAGCGGAAGCCCAAGGGUGGAAUGAAAAGCAGCGAUACGCCUCUUACGGGCACUGUCACGCAGUCGCUGAACAAUAACAACAACAACAACAAUAACGUUAAGUUAGAACCAGACACCUAUGGCGAUCUGAGAAUGGCUCACACUGGCGUGGCGCAAAUGCCGUAUCCAGACAACCUUUACGGUAGUCCUCAGCCUUCGAGCAGGAUUCGAGGAGUGUACACUGUUCCUGCUGCUCAGUCCAUGUAUUUCGAUCUGGUGAAUUCGCAACAGCAGCAGCAGCAGCAGCAGCAACAGCAGCAGCAGCAACACCAUCACCAACUGCUGGAGACCCAUUCGCCGAAGAUUGAAUGCCCGUCGCCGCCUUGCACGCGCUCACCUGGAAUGGUCUCGGCUGGUCACUCACCUGAUCAUCACCAACUCACUUCGCCACAUAUCGUCACUCUAGGCAGUCCGUCAACCAGUCCAGCCGGAUCUAAAAUUAUGCUGGAUAAUGGUCACCUCGAGAGAUCUACGGUUGUGUCGAUAUCAUCCUAAACAUCUUGCAGUUCCGCAAAGAUGCCGAAUUGUUUGCCUGAGAAGGCAAUAAAUAAAAAAAUAACUGACAAUUAGUGACAAAGCAAGUGCCUGUCAACCAAAAGACCUGGGAAUUGCCUGGGAGUUUAAUUCCCGCUUUUUAAACAGCGAAACAGACGGUCUCGCUGAUCUUACUUUCCUGCGCGCAUUGUGAUAUGCAAAAUAAAAAUUUCCAGAGGAAAAUAUGUUUUCUUCUAAAAAAAUAAAAUAAUUUUCUUCGUUUAUUUUGUUAUUUUUAUUCAAUUUUUUUUCUUUUUUUUUUUUACCAAAGAAGAUUUUAUCGACAAAUCUUGUAUCGACAUCUAAGAUGAUACCAAAUUACGAAUGAUAUUGUUGUAAUUGUACAUAUAUGUAUGUAUAUGGGAAUUUUCUUAUGUAAGAUUACGUAUAAGUAUCUUUAUAUUCUAUGAAAUUAUACAUAAAACACAAGGAUAUUCUAAUCGAACGGAUAUAUAUCCAGAGAAUAUUCAGAUCAUAUGAAUAUUUAAAGGAUGUCUUAUUAAAGAUAUAUUCAGAAGAUACUUCAGGAAAAUAUUUAAAAAGACCCAAGUUGAAGACAGCUUAAAAGAUAUUUUUAUGAUAUUUGUCAUAUAAAUUUUUUAGAUUUUAAAAAGAUAUCUUCAAGACAUCUCCAUAAAUAUUUCAAAACUUUGCAUAUGUAAAAUAUCUUUUAUCACUAAAAGAUUACUUUUCGAAACUUUUCGAAAAAGUGCAAGCCAUCUUUCAGUAAUCUGAAGGAUAUUUUUUUUUAUCUGGUUGAUGUCCUCGAUGUAACAUAACCCAAAUAGCAUAUAUGGCCUAAAAGACUUUAAAAUAUUUUUUUGACAUCUUUUAGACAUGCAUGCUGUCUGGGAAGACAUAUCGCGCGAUAGCGGUAGAAUAAAGCUAAGGAAUAAAUAAAGCUAAAGAAAGAAAUAAAGCUAAUGAUAGUGUAACAUAAUACAAUAAAAUAAGGAACAUAUAGCAACUACGAUGAAUAUUCUAGAAACAUAUCUGACGGCUAUGCGAAUAAAUAUAUGCGACAGUUA